AUGGACCUCCCGCCGCUGGCGGGCAAGAUUGCAGCGCUGUCGCUCAGCGCCCUGCCGGUGUCCUACGCGCUCAACCACGUCUCAGCGCUCUCGCACCCAUUGGGAGUGGCGUUGAUGAGUGCUUUGAUCCUGGUGCUACUCUUUGUAACUAUCUACAGCUUGUCCUAUAGCCACAUCUCCUAUGACCCCCUCUACGCUGUCUUCGCAGUCUUCGCCUUCACCUCUAUGGUGGACCUUAUCAUCUCUCUCCAGGAAGAUGGCUAUGUGGUGGGCUUCAUGGAAUUCUACACCAGAGAGGGUGAGCCCUACUUGAGCACAGCCCAUGGUGUCUUCAUCUGCUACUGGGACGGCACUGUUCACUACCUCCUCUACCUGGCUAUGGCUGGCGCCAUUCACAGAAGGAAGAGGUACCGGAACCUUGGACUCUACUGGCUGGGCUCCUUCAUCAUGAGCAUCUUGGUAUUCCUUCCAGGAAACAUCCUCGGCAAAUACAGCUCAGAGAUCAGGCCUGCCUUCUUCCUCACCAUCCCAUACAUACUGGUCCCCUUCUGGGCUGGCAUGAGAGUCUUCAACCAGUCCCAAGCACCCACCUGCUGCAGCCCCAACUUGGUGCAAGAAGAGCAGAGAAAGGGCCUCUUGCAGCGCCCAGUAGACUUGGCCCUCAUCAUAUACCUCGCCCUGGCUGGCUUCUUCACCCUCUUCCGAGGCCUGGUGGUACUAGACUGCUCUACGGAUGCCUGCUUUGUCUACACCUACCAGUAUGAGCCAUAUCUGCGGGAUCCCGUGGCCUAUCCAAAGGUGCAGAUGCUUGUAUAUAUGUUCUACGUGCUGCCCUUCUAUGGUUUGGCUACCUACGCCCUCAUCUUCCCUGGCUGCUCCUGGCUGCCGGACUGGGCCCUGGUGUUUGCUGGAGCCAUUGGCCAGGCGCAGUUCUCACACAUGGGAGCCUCGCUGCACCUGCGCACUCCCUUUACCUACCGCGUGCCCGAGGAUGCCUGGGUCUGCUUCUUCGUGUGCAACCUGCUCUACGCCUUGGGCCCCCACCUGCUUGCCUACCGCUGCCUGCGGCGGCCUGCCUUCUUUCUGCACCCACCACCCCCGGGUCCCCUGGCCCACCACAAGAAACAGCACUGA